AUGGAUAAAGUUCUACGGCCUGAGAGAUUCCAUGCAGAUCCAAGCUCGGCUGGAGCAUCAAAAUCGUGGAUUCACUGGCGUCGAACUUUCGAAAACUUUCUCGCYGUUUUGACUGAAGAAGGCCUCGAUAAAUUUAGAGUUCUUACCAAUUUUAUCUCGCCUACAGUGUUCGAAUAUGUGGAAGAAUGUACCGACUACGAGUCUGCGAUCGAAACUCUUCAGAAUAUUUAUGUUAAACCGACCAACGAAAUCUACGCGAGACACCUACUGGCUACUAGACGUCAGCAGACGGGUGAAAGCCUGGACGAGUAUCUACAGGCUCUGAAAACUCUCAGCAAGGAAUGUAACUUCCAACCAGUCAACGCUACCAAGUAUUGUGAGGAAUACAUACGGGAUGCCUUCAUUUCGGGAUUGCAUUYUAACCAGAUCCGUCAAAGGUUGCUAGAAAACAAAACCUUGGAUUUGAAAACCAUGUUUGACCAAGCCAGGGCACUUGACUCUGCUAUGCGCAGCUCAGAAAGUUACUUUGCCCCUCAACCUGUCACUGCUGUAGCAGCAGCACCAGAAAUAGUCCCUCAGAAUCCAACUCAAGUCGACUCCCCUCAGUCAG